AUGUCAAAUCAUUUUGACAUACCUAAAAGUUAAGUAAUUUUAGUGUAAAUACGUUAACUUUUAUAUUUUCAUGUUUUGCUUCUCUAGUACGCCUAAAGCAGUGCAUUUUGUAGUUAAAAACGGUUUCAAAAUAUGAGUCUAGCUUUAAGGCAAGUCCUCACGAGGCAAACUUUUAGAAUAUGUGACAGACUUAGCUAUAAAUGUUUACCAAAACAACUCCCUAUAACCUCAACAAGCCCUGUUAUACAAUUUCGAAGCUAUUGCGAUAACAAUGUAGAAACGAGGAAAUUGCCGCAGCUGAUGGACUUCCCUCCCGUAGUUUGGCCAUCCUUUAUCAAAUUCAUUAAAAACUGGAUGUUCGCGAAUUUAAUUAUCAGGCCUUACUUUGAACCGGAAUUCAGUCUUUCAGAGUUCAUUGAAGCCUCUAAACAUGCAGUACAGGUUGUUUCAGAGGCACUUCAAAAGAGUGACUUCAAGUCCUUAGAGGGCUUAGUAGACAAGGAGGCCAUUGCAGCUUUAAAAACUGCGGUCUCCCAGCUGUCUGUCACACAACGGCAACUGCUGUCUAUUGACAAGGAAGACAUCUUCUAUGCUUUUCCUUAUCAGGUUGGAGUGAUGUUUGAUGAAUCAGACAAGCGCUGGGUAGAAAUCACAAUGUGCUACCAUGUGCUUCGAGGUCUCAAACAGAUGCAGGAGAGUGGGGACUUGCCGCCAGUCUCAUUAGGUGUCCAGCCAGAAUACCAAGACAAAAUCUUCAUCCUCAACUACAGAUUCAUCAGGGAGUUCACAAAAGGAGUGGAAGAUAGCUGGUGGGUGAAUAUCGUUAACCACUUCCAGCCCCACUCUUUGAUGAGAAAAUAGUAGCUUUACUCAAUGUUAUUGCAAAGUCAUGUAAAAAAAUGGAAUAAAAUGCAGUCAAUGUUUAUUAUAA